GGGAAGGGGAGGGGGAGGAGGAGGGAAGGGGAAGGGGAAGGAAAAGGGAAAGGAAAGGAAAGGAAGGCCAGGGUAGAGACGGAGAUGUAGACGGAGACGUGACCUUACGGGGCAUACAAACAAUUCGUCUUCCUUAUUUGGGGGCGAUCGAUAGCAACCGAUGAAGCAACCAGCCAAUCUAUCUCCCCAAUUUUGAACAAUUCGACAUGGCGAAAUCAGCACUCCUCUUCCUUUGAUCCCAUCUCUCGCUCCCUCUUCCCACUUCUUUUGUUCCUUUUCAUUCCGUCGAUCUGUUGGCCAGAUGAAGAAAGGCCGAGUUCCGGUGGAGCCGGCGGCGGCAGUAGCGGAGACGCGGUUCCGCGGCGUGCGCAAGCGGCCGUGGGGGCGGUUCGCGGCCGAGAUCAGGGACCCCUGGAAGAAGGUCAGGGUGUGGCUCGGAACCUUCGACUCGGCCGAGGCUGCCGCCCUGGCCUACGACUCCGCCGCUCGCGCGUUCCGUGGUUCCAAGGCCAAGACCAACUUUCCCCUCGCCGCCGCUGCGUCUCCCACCCGUACUCCUGCAUUCCGCUUCCCUCCCUCCGCCCGGUUUCCCGUCUGCGACGACCACCAUGACCCCCCGCCGUCCUCUCUGCAACGGCCGACGUCGAGCAGCCACAGCAGCACCGUGGAGUACUUCGGCGGGCCACGUCUUCCUGCGCCUGCGUUCGCGACGCUGAGCCACCGAUGUGUGUCGCAGCUAGAGAAGCAGGCCAAACCACUUCCUCAGAGAAUUCCAGACAACGACGAAAACUGCCACAGUGACUGCGGGUCGUCGGCCUCCGUCGUUGACGACGAGCGUGACAUCGGUUCCACAUACCGGCAUACACUUCCGUUUGAUCUUAACCUUCUCCCUUCCCCCGAUGACGACAUCCAAGCCACGAUUCUCUGCUUUUGACAUCCUGAUCGCACGACUUCUAAAGAUAUCCCAAUCUUCUCGCCCAUGGCCUGGAAGUUCAGUUCUGCUAAGGCAUUCAGAUACGUUAAUCGACACAACAAAACAAUGAACAGGAGUUUAGAAAGUAUGGAAGGAAGGUGAGAAUGCCAACGGUAACAAGUCGACAGCACGAGAAGAGGAGAAUCAACCUUCUUUUUAUGGUUUGACCAUAAGCUGGAAAUGCUAAAGGUGAGAGGUUAUAGUCAAAACCAUCAAUCAAAUCGUCCUGCUGCUUGGUUGGUACCUGUUCCUUGUCAAUGCAUUGUUGGCUUCUUAUUAGUGAUGCAAGUUUACCAUUUGGGUAGGGCAUUGUUGACUUCUCAUUAGCUUGUGGACAGAGGAUGAAGGUCAAUGUUCGGUUUUGGUUGAUGCCUAUCCAAUUAUCUAGUCAACAAAAACCUGAUUCUUAUAGUUUUGAUUACCUUAGCAAUUUACUUGGAUGAUGUUUUUGUGCUAGGAGUUUUUUAUUUCGAUUC